AUGUCGACAGACGAAAAGCGCGUGAACGAACCAAAGGCCGACGCGCCCGGCGCGUCGAACUUGUCCGACUCGGAUGUUGAGGUCGUCCCCGGUACUAUCAACGAGAAGAAGUUGCUGCGCAUGUUGGAUCUGAGACUGCUCCCAGCGGUUUCAGUUCUGUACCUACUCAGUUUUCUGGAUCGAAGUAACGUGGCCAAUGCUCGCCUUGAAGGGCUUAUCGUCGACCUGAAGAUGACUGGUGAUGAGUAUCUCACCGGUCUGACGCUGUACUUCAUCGGCUAUGUACUAUUCGAACUUCCGUGCAACAUCAUCCUCAAGCGCACGACGCCGAAGUUCUGGCUACCGACCUUGACAGUAGUCUGGGGAAUCGUCGCAACCCUCAUGGGUGUGACGCAGAGCAAGGCUGGGUUUUUUGUUGUACGCUUCUUCCUUGGCGUAGCAGAGUCAGGACUUUUUCCGGGCGUGGUGUAUUACCUGUCAAUGUGGUACAAGCGAGAUGAGCGCCAGUACCGAAUCUCGCUCUUCUUUAGCUGCGCUUCUCUAGCUGGAGCUUUCGGUGGUAUCCUGGCCUGGGGCAUCGGGCACAUGGGCGGAGUCGGGAAUUACGCUGGUUGGAGAUGGAUCUUUAUUCUGGAAGGCCUGCUCACCAUCGUAAUCGCGGUCGCUGCCUACUGGUUCAUCUCAAAUUAUCCGGACACCGCAGGUUGGUUAUCGAAGAAUGAGCGCACCUUCGUCCAAGCCAGGCUCAAGGCUGACAGCGAUGCGACGAACGAUGAAAAAUUUCGAUGGGGCGAUGUUGUGGACGCUCUCAAAGACCCCAAAAUAUGGCUUUAUGGUGCCGCUUUCCACACUAUGAGUCUACCUCUGUAUACUUUAUCUUUGUUUCUGGUAAGUUCGUCCCAAGCGCCUCCAAAUUCUCCUACUGACAAUAUCCAGCCGUCGAUCAUCCGGGACAUGGGUUACACAUCUGCCCAAUCACAGCUCUUGACCAUCCCACCGUACGCAGUGGCUACCGUUUUCACCAUCUUCUGGGCCAUCUGGUCUGAGAAGACCAAGAAACGAGGCCCCUUUAUCACUGUCACAUCUGCCGUCGCGGUUAUUGGGUACAUCAUUCUCAUUGCAAACAAAAAUCCCAAGUCCAGGCCCGGUGUUUCUUACGUGGGGACGUUCUUUGCAGCGGUGGGAAUUUACCCAUCAGUCGCCCUGGUACUAAGCUGGCCAGCCAUCAAUGUGUCCGGACAGACCAAGCGUGCGACCGCAAACGCCAUGCAAAUUUCUAUUGGCAACCUUGGAGCUGUACUGGGCACACAGCUUUAUAGAACGGAGACCGCUCCUCGAUAUGUUCUAGGCCACAGCUUUGCGCUUGGCUAUCUGUUGAUGAACAUCGUUGUGGUAAACGCCCUGUGGUGGAGGCUGAAGAGGGAGAACAAGCAGAAGCAGCAGUUCCUUGUUGAACACCCCGAGACAAACGGGUUCCAUGACAGCGUGGAGGAUCUGAAGCUCGGUGACCGCCAUCCACGGUGGAUCUUCCAGGCCUAA